AUGAAAAAUACCAAUUCAAAUGAUAAACCAGACCGGGCUAUAUGUCUAUUUCAAAACCUUUAUACUGUUCUUGAAAACAUGCAUGGUAAUACCUAUCAGCAUUCUGGUUCAAAGAAAACUUUUGAUGUGAAAGAAAUCUAUAUAAUUAAUGGGCGUUCUCGUCACCCUCAAUCGCAAGGUAUGAUUGAAAACUCUAACAAAACUCUGAAGAAUGUUCUCUCUGCAUGGAUGGAAGACAAUGAUCGAAGAGAUUGGAGUAUUGGCCUUCUAAUAGUAACAUAUUUACCUGAAAGUGUUAUCGAAGAUAAGGAAGUUUCUGAAAAUGACAAUAAUAACUUAUCUGAUGAUAAUGGAGAUUUUAAUAAAAUCGUUCAAAUUAAUAAUACAGGAAGAAGUAGUGCUUCACAAUCUUCAAUAGAUUCCCAAAUUGUCAACUCUCAAAUAUAUAUAGACUUAGAAGGUAAUUAUACAAUGCAAUCACAAACUACUUUCAAUGAUCAGCAAAUGCAAUCUACUGCCGAUGAUACUAGCAAGCAAAUAAUUUCUGUGCAAGAUGAUUUUACAAAAGCUUUAAAUAAUCUGACUUCUCAGCAUAACAUUUAUCGACAAGUUGCAAAUAAAAAUCUUGAAGACUAUCAUUCCAAAAUGAAAAACCAGAUGCUUACAAAAUAUAAAAUUAAUGAACGUGUUUAUGAAGUUGUAUUUGCAGUGCUUCUCAGAAAUAUAUAUCGCCUUGUAUGUCAUUUUGGUAUUUUUGAUCAAACAUUUCUAGCUGGUGUAGUUUUACCACUUGGACCAAAAGAAUUUCUGAAGCUAGAUAAUCCUCCAACCACUAUGACUGUCAGUAUGAUUGAAGCUGCAAGAUUGUAA